CGCUUGCUGCACCUGCACCCUGCACCCACGAUCUGUCGUAAUCGGCGAUGCAAACACCAGUAAUCUGUCACUUGACGUUCCGUAAUGACGCCAACGCGAAAUGUCGCGCAUCGCCGCGUUCGCGGGUAACCGGGGUGCGGAUCGUCAUCAUCAUCGGCAUCAGGAGCCACGCGAGAUUCGAUCUGUCAACUGGCUUGCGAGCCCGAGCGCGCGACACAGUUUGACAGUUCGGCGAAACCGAUGCGUUCCAUUCAUCUUCCGUGAAAUACGACAAAAGGAUAAGCUGGGAUUGUUAGAAACUUCACCUGCAAAGUCAACGAGCUCAGGAAACUUUCUGACAGAUGCAUUUGAUAGUAACACAUCAUCCAUUCAAACACCCUUGGGUGUAUUAUGCAGUCUUGAGGAAAAAGAGGAGGAAGAAAUUCUCAGUAAUGACAGUAAAGAAGCAUACACCUUUAGCUCUCGGUUGUCUAAAGCUCUACCAGAAGUACUUAUGGACAAGAGUGCCCUUGGUUAUUUCAUUCAGUUUAUGGAAACCAGAAAAAGGAUAGCUCUCAUAAAGUUCUGGCUAGAAGUGGAAUGCUUGUGCAGUGCAUCUGGCACGUCCAGUGAAGAUACGGAGAAAGUUAGACACUCAAAUCAAAAGGAACUGUUAGAAACUUUGCCUAAUUCCUUAGAUGAUAACGAAAACUUUAGUUGCAAUGUAUUCUCUAAUAAUGUAGAUACUCAAACGAGCAAUGAAAUACCAUGUGAUGAGAAUAGUGACAACAUGACAUCCUUGUUAAAUGGUAUGCCAAAGACUAGUCAAACGAUAAGUAAAGCGCAACAAUCAAAUCAUGAUUGUAAGAGACACGACAUGACAACAACUAGACAAGAUGCUUUGAGAAUUUACAAGAAAUACAUUCUCAAUGAAACUCUGGGUAUAAGUCAAAUAUCUGAAGAAUUAAAACUGGAAAUGGAGAAAGCUGUUACACAGGAAAACAAUGAGCCUAUAUUACAGUGCCUAUCUGCUGUUCAAAGCAUAGUAUAUGAUAUAUUAGAGAAAGAAUAUAUUAACGAUUUUCUACGAAGCCAAUUUCACUGUAAACAUCAAAUUGAUGUGCUCACCAGCGGUAAUGUACAGUUAGCAGAUAUAUUGUAUAAUGAGACAGCAUUCUUUUACUUCAUGGAGUUCAUGGAACUUGAGAAUAAGCGAGAAUUGUUAGAUUUUUGGAUGUCAACUAUAAGUUACAAACAAAAUCUCUUGGAGAAGCAAGGUGCAAUCGAUCCCGAAGAAGCACAGGCCGAUGCCGUUAUUAUUUAUGAGAAGUAUUUUAGUUUACAAGCGACCAUGCCUCUCGGGUUUAGCGAUAAAAUUCGCUUCCACGUAGAACAGAACAUUUGUUGCGAGGGCGAGGGAGGUACACAGCCCGAUUGUUUUGAUAAACCCAGUAAAAUUGUAUAUAACUUCCUCAAUAAGCAUUAUCUGCCGGUGUUCUUAUCUUCACAACUGUAUUAUAAAUACUUAUCGGAGCUAAUCAGCACGAUUCAGAGCAGCCCGUGUCCGAGUUUACAUUCCAAGAUAAGGAGAACAGGUUCAGAUUGUAGUAGUGAAGUGAGCUCUGUGUGUACUAGUAUGCCAAGUACUUCUCAAGCAGGAAACCAUGGCAGUAAAUUAUGUAAUAAUAAAAAGAACAUUAACAGUCACCUGAAUAUCGAUACCAGGCAACUUUAUGAUCCAGAUUCCUUAUGGCGACGUAAUAAAUAUCGUUUAAGCAUUGGUUACGUUGACAAUUUAGGCAGGUUUGUUACCGAAAUAGAGCCAGAUCCUCAUAGAAAAUAUGAAUCUCGUCUAACUCGAGUUGUAAAACGAUUUGUAAAUAUAGAACAAGAUAAGGCUAAAGAAGAUUUAGCAUGGAGAAUUGCUGAGAUGAUCAUUCGUGAAAUUACGUCUUUGACACUUGGAGCUUCGAAUCUUCCCUCUUGAUGGUAAAUUUGACAUGACGAAUUUGAGGCUUAAGUUUUUUUUAAGUAUAAAAUAUUUUAUAGUAUGUAUAAAUAUCUUGUCUCUUUGUUUUAAAUGUUAGUGAAAUAAUGCUGCAAAUUUGCCAAAGUGCCAAACAGAUCAAUAUAAAUAAAAAAAUUUUAAUUAAACGUUUUUUAAUAUAUUUUAAAA